AUGACUACGAGCUACAGCACCUCUACCGUCGAAGUAAUCCAUGCAAUUCCUGGGAAUGAAAGGGACAAGUUGAGGGCCAAAUACCAGACCCAAGAUGAGAGGCCCUCCGAAGCCAACGAUACCAUCCACCGUCUGUCUACGCUGUCGCAGGGACCGGGACUAGGAAUGCCACCACCCAUAGCAAACACAGGUCGGGAGAGGGAGCGGGAGCGGGAUAGGUCUCGACGAUACCAUAAAAGUGCUCCAAGCACCGGCAUCAAUACAAGUAGCGGCAGCGGUAGUAGCAGACACAUGUCCAAGUCCAAAUCAAAAUCAAAGAAUACCGGCGCGAAAAGGUCCAGCGUACUCCCCUCCCGGGAUAGGGACCAUGCUUCUGAUGGAUCACAUUUCCGCCACAGACGCUCACAUUCUAGUCGGAGUCAAACCGUGUCCUCUUCCGCGUCUUCCUCCGAGGAAGAGGGCGAGCCUGUGCAGGAUCAUAGGACGGUGUUCACAAACACGAGGGCUCGACUCACGUCGCCAUCUACCAUCUCAACCCUGACGUCCGCGACCAGCACAACCAAUAAGUCCAGCAGCUCUAGCGGGAGCAAUUCCACCGUCACUCAGGCCUCGAUCGCCAAUCGCUCGAGCUUGACAAAGAAUCCGGACAUAUCACAGAUUCCAAUGUCGCCCGCUGUACCCGAUGCGCCUGAUGUUUUCAAAUUUCUAGACCCGGAAGGGUCAGUAAUCGCUUCUGGAGAACCUGAGGAGGAGCCCGGCGUGGGUGCAACCGCCCACUGGAAUCGAGGUCAAUUGGAGGGUGUGGCGACAAAGUCAGCGUUGCCUCCGCCGACAUUACCAGAGUAUUCCAGUCCAUCCUCAUCACCGCCAAGCAGCUUCCACGGAGAUGAUAACUCGUCCGAGGCAGCUCAUGACGUCGAGACGGAUCGGAGCACGAGUCCGGAGAGAAGUGUCGCGGGACAGGAAGAGCCCGGACAAGGCCAUGACCACGACCUAAUCAAUGCUGGCCCUCCAAUUGACGAAACCUCUGCCAAAAUAGCAUCGCAAAUCGCGGCUGCCCAGCAGAGGCAGAACUUCCAUGGGUCGAUGCACCCAUUUGGGACGCCUACUAUGCAAAGGGGCCCAGCAAUUUUACCACAUAUCCCUUCAACCGCCUUGAGCUCUCGCUACACACAGUCCAUCAAGCAACACCCCCUCCCGAGAGCAGAGAAAUUGCCUGUUACUGGGUAUGAGCUUCUCGCGUCCCAACUUUCAUCGCGUCGCUACCCUUGUGAGGCCGAUACGGGAGAGAGGAUCAAGCCAAUAUACCGAAAAUUCGAGGCACUUAACCAUCGACUCUUACUCCACCUGCAGGACGAGCUGAGUGAGCUUGAAGAGCAGCUUCACCGGUUAGAUCACACUGAUACCCAGUCCCGAAGGACGGCGAAUGAUAUUGCUCCUGCAUCACGCAGAGCAGCAGCGGCGGCAGGCGGGGAACUGCAGUGGCACAAAACUGAUGUACUUGGGAGAAUCGGCUACAAGCUCGCGCAGUAUAAUCAAGCCCUGUCCUCUUUUAACUCUACCAGGUCGCUUGCCGCUCCCGAUCCUGAGGAUAUUUCCAACUACCGCACAUAUCUUCGAACUGUAAAUCCUAUUGCUGAGGCCGAGACGCAUUUUCUUGACCCAGAAGGUGAUCUUGUCUCGAUCUAUUCUGGCCAUACCCUGACCUCGUCUUCGUUCACGCCAUCGGACCAAUCAUCCUACUCGUCUUACGCACCAUCAACCAUCCCAUCUGAAAACAAACCCGAAGGUCCCAUUCCAGCCGGAACGCAGAGUCAAGAUGUGCUCCCCGCUGUUGCAAUUUCCCUUGCGGUUGCAAUACUUGUUCCGAUUCUUACAUUCUCUGUCAUCCCUGGCUUUGUAGGCCGCCUCACCGCUACGAGCCUGGUUGUCGGAGGCGUCCUGACCGCCUCUAUCCAAGGAGGGGUGGUUGAGCAGAGAAUGCUAUUCCAGGCCGAGGGUUUGAUAUGUUCAGGAAUCUACUGCGGGGCUAUGCUCGUUAUUGCAGGGAUCCUACCUGGUUGA